AUGGCCGCCGGGAGCAUCACCACGCUGCCAGCCCUGCCGGAGGACGGCGGCAGCGGCGCCUUCCCGCCCGGCCACUUCAAGGACCCCAAGCGGCUGUACUGUAAAAACGGGGGCUUCUUCUUGCGCAUCCACCCCGACGGCCGAGUGGACGGGGUCCGGGAGAAGAGCGACCCGCACAUCAAACUACAACUCCAAGCAGAAGAGAGAGGGGUGGUGUCCAUCAAAGGAGUGUGUGCCAACCGCUACCUCGCCAUGAAGGAGGACGGCCGCUUACUGGCUUCUAAAUGUGUUACGGAUGAGUGUUUCUUUUUUGAACGGUUGGAAUCCAAUAACUACAAUACUUACCGGUCAAGGAAAUACUCCAGUUGGUAUGUGGCAUUGAAGCGGACUGGGCAGUAUAAACUUGGACCCAAAACAGGACCUGGCCAGAAAGCCAUACUUUUCCUUCCAAUGUCUGCUAAGAGCUGAUCUUAAUGGCACCAUCUGAUCUCGUUUCACAUGAACGAAGAGGUCUAUUUUAGAAAUUUGUUAAUGAGAGAAAAAAUGUGUGCACGAUUUGCUGUUUGUAUAACUGGUUAGAUAAGCUUUUAUCUAACAGUAAAAUAUGUAACCAUUGCUUUAGUAAAGAAAAACAACAAGAAUUCCUGGAAAGAUGUAUAAACUUCCACCUUU